UGUGCAAACAGGUCAAACCACACACACACACACACACACACCUGUACAGCCUCAGACCCGGAAGUGAGUGAGUGUGUGUGUGUGUCCCAGGUGAAGCUCCUGCGCACUGAUUUGUGUUGAUUGAAGAAUGCAGAAGUUGUUGUUUCUUGGAGUGUGUGUGUGUGUGAGUGUGUGUGUGUGUGUGAGUGUGAAGGACCUCAGGGUCAUCACUGUGAAGGAGGGAACGAGUGUCGUGAUCAAGUGUAAUGUGAGUAACCUUCAUGAACACAUCGAAUGGUACGACCCUAAAGGACGCAUCAUGAACGGAGACUCGGGUGGGAAUCGAAUCACAGUGAACAGAGAUACAGUGAACAUUAGCAGCGUUUCAUUCCAGGACCGUGGACGGUACACCUGUAUCUCUCUGAGCUCUGACAGCAUCUCCAACUACACGGUGACGCUGAGAGUGAGCUACACCUACAGCGGCCUGGGGCUUUACUACAUCAUCGUGUGCUUCAUCACCUUCACCAUCACCAUCAUCCUUAACAUGACCCGUCUGUGCAUGAUCAACACGCACCUGCGCAAAACCGAGCGCGCGAUCAACGACUUCUUCCGCACAGACGGUGCAGAGAAACUGCAGAAGGCACUGGAAAUCGCCAAACGCAUCCCCAUCGUCACAUCCACCAAAACCAUGGAGCUCGCCAAAGUCACACAGUUUAAAACUUUGGAGCUGGCCAAGCAGGUGGAGGAACUGGCGAGGAGCGUGCCUCUGCCUCCACUCAUCCUCACUUGCACCACAGCUGCUGAGGAAGCAGAGUGUGGAGGUCCAUCAACUUCACAAGAUCAGGAGGAGGACCAGAGUGAACAAGACGCCCUGAACAGACACACAGAAAAUUAACACAGGGGUGUGUGUGUGUGUGUGUGUGUGUGUGUGUGUGUGUGUGUGUGUGUGUGUGUGUGUGUGUGAGAGCCUUCUGAACACUUCAUUCUAAUUGUAGAAAUAAAGUCACAGGUUCAGAGUAUAAGACUCUUAAGAGGAAACAGAAGUUCCAGAUUUGACCAACAGGUGGAGACAAAGUUCAACAUCUACAGAUAUUUAUUAUUUGUGCUGAUUUCUCUGUAAUAAGGUUUUGUUUAUUUUUGAUCGUUUUAUUAAAUGAAUUUUAAAAUAG